GCAAAGCGGCGUUCCCGCCAGCGCCCUGCAGGAGCUGCCGAGGGAGGCGAGGGCGGCGGCCGCCAUGGGGCGGAUCACGGAAGAAUUGGUGAGACAGCGGGCAGAGCAUAACAACUGUGAACUCUUCUCUUUGGAAGAAGUUUCCCUGCAUCAACAGGACAUAGAGAAAAUCGAACAUCUGGACAAAUGGUGCCGAAAUUUAAAAAUUCUCUAUCUCCAAAACAACUUGAUCUCCAAAAUUGAAAAUGUGAGCCGACUGAAGAAACUUGAAUAUUUAAAUCUGGCUUUAAACAACAUCGAAAAAUUUGAAAAUUUGGAAGGUUGUGAAGAUCUGCAGAAGCUGGACCUGACAGCAAAUUUCAUUGGAGAAUUGUCUAGUGUCAAAACGCUGAAAAACAAUAUACAUCUUGAAGAGCUCUUCCUUGUAGGAAAUCCAUGCACUGAUUUCGAAGGCUAUAGGCAGUUCGUGGUUGCUACCCUACAACAACUCAGAUUUUUGGAUGGCAAAGAGAUAACGCGGUCAGAAAGGAUUCAGGCUUUCCAGAACUAUCCUGAGCUGGAAAGGAAAAUCCACGGGCAGGAACAAACCUAUCUCCUGAAAAGAGAAGAAGAAAAAAAAGAGGCAGAAAGACGGAUGCAAGAAAAGCAGAAGGAAAGGAAGGAGAAGAAGAAGAAAGGACAGCAUCUGGGGUUCGAUCAACCACCACGCACAGAUAUGAAGACACCCACCUAUUACUCCACAGAAGGAGCAGAGAACCACCGAAAUUGUGAAGAAGGAGAUGGAGAAUUUCGUAAAUUAAUACUUGAGGAUGACGAUGAAGACAGGGAGUUUUGGGAUGAACCAGUGGCUCAUACUCCAGAGGCCAGGUUAGAGAUUCACCAGUAUCUCGAGGAGAAAAGGAAAGAAAGAGAAAAUAGAGAACAAGGAAACAAAGAGAAACCUCUGCGGACUUUGAUCACGCCAGAAGGAAGAGUUCUGAAUGUAAAUGAAGCCAAGCUUCCUUUCUCUUUGGAAGAUGACGAUGAAAACAACCGGUUCAUCUUGGAUCUUGGUGUUUACAGACAUUUGGACAUCUCCUUCCUUAACGUUGACGUACAGCCCACUUAUGUCCGGGUAAUGGUCAAAGGAAAGGCAUUUCAACUUGUGCUCCCUGAAGAAGUGAAGCCAGACAGCAGCAUUGCUAAAAGAUCUCAGACGACUGGACAUUUGGUUAUCACCAUGCCGAAGGCUAAAGAUGUGGUCGUAACAAGCCAAAAAGCAUCCAUUUCUGAGAAAACAUUUGAUCCCAGGAAACUGCAAAGAAAUCUAAGAAGACACGAGGGUCUGGAGAAGUUGGAAGUGGAUCCUACCAAAUAUUCCUUCCCUGACGUGACAAAUAUUGUCCAUAAAAGGGAUCGGGUAGGGCAAGGACCUUUCAGACUUCAGCAGCCCAAAGUUACGGACGCCGAGAAUUUGAGCUUUGAAGACAACCCAGAAGUUCCACCUUUAAUUUAAAGAACGGAUGCGGAGAUAGCUUCUUUCGUGGUUAGAACAUCAUGACGGUCCAUAACCUCUAGCUGAUAUUCUUGUGUACACACACACAUAUAUACCUAUUUACUGUUCUCCUCUCUGGCGGAAAAUUGAAAUCCUUGCCAAAAUCUGUGUCCAACUCUGUUAAAAAGUAUGUCAGAUCAGAAUCAUUUGCAUCCUGUUUUACAAGGCUCUUUUCUUCCAGCCCAGUUUGAGUAUGAAUUGUUGUUGGCACGAGGGCAUCUAUCGUAAUAGUUCUUGGCUUCAACUUGGCAAACAACCUGGGAUUAAAGCCCUGCUCCUUUCACACGCAAGUGUAAAAGUGCAAGUGUGUACAAUACACAUUAAAAAGGAGUGGGGCUUCGAUUAUUGAUCAAUUGCACCCAGGGGUGAAAUCCACUUACCUUCGCUGCCAGUUCGCAAAUGUGGAGUGCGUGAAAUCCUGCUUUCUAGCUAAUAUGAAUCGCACGUCACAGCUGAUCGUCGGAAAUACCGCUAGUAUUU